GUAGUCAAGCCACAUACUCCAUUAAUUAAAUUCCCUGACAGAUUGAGUGGUCCCAGACCUAAAAUACAGGAAUCUCCACCAGCAAGUGUGACAUCUCUUCAUGCUUCAAAAGCACAGGAGUCUCUAGGAGGCAGACCACCACCCUCUGUUAGUAGAGUACAAGGUACACCAGACACUUACGAAUUAGCAAGAACCUUACCUCAGAAAUACAGAAGGAAACUUAUGACAGAUGAAGAGAUCGGCUAUAUUCAACGUGGAGGUCCAGAAUAA